AGCAAAGCGAAUACUACGUAAAAAACUACAAGUACUUACAAAAUAUAAACAGGAAAAGCUACAGUAAACCAGAAUAAUAAGCUAAAAGUAAAAUAAAGUUAAUGGAAAAUGGUUCGCAGACAUCGUGAACAGAGCACAACUGAGGACGAAAUCGUGAUUGACACGCCGCCGCCGAAAAAACAUAAAAGACAUAAGCACAAAAAGCAUAAGAAGAGAAAACUAGAAAAUGAAUACGAUAGCGAAUCGUCAAUCGACGUAUCAUAUGAAGACGCUGUGGCCAAGCCGUAUAAAAUUAAGGUAAAAGGACGUGACACACCAGGUACUUCAGCCGCGGAUUUAUUAAAAGCGCAAACAAUGAAGUCGUCUUCUGACUCCCGGAGGUCCAUACCUGGCUCCUCAUCUAGUACUCCACCGAAAGCUUCGUCAUCAAAGAAAAAGAAGAAAGGCAGAGACAGUGGCACUUCUAGCGAAGAAGAAAGAUGGCUAGAUGCUAUUAAGUCUGGUAAACUAGAAGAAGUUGAUGAAGAACUUAAGAAAAUCAAACCAAAGGAUCCAAAAAUGAUGACAGCUCGGCAACGGGCCAUGUAUGAGAGAGGUACUGACAAAGAGACCAGUCCUGGAGGUGAAGUCCUUCUGGCAUUGCCUUCAGGUUACAAAGAAAAAGUAAUGACUGCAGAAGCCAUACAGAAAGCUGCAUUAAAGUCACAAAAACGUAAACAAAUGGCUGAUGAGAAAAGGGAAAAAGAUAAAAAGAAAACAAUGGAUAGACUUUUGAAAAAACAAGAAUCAAAAUUGAAGAAUAUGUCAAAGGGCAAGCCUACUAGGAAGCUGGAGCCAAUGAUUGUAUACAAAAACAGCAAUAGUGAGAUCUCAUUAUCUCUACCACCCGGUGUGCCUUUCCCACUGGAAAAGAAAUCCCCUGUAGAUCCUCCAAAACCUGUUAAGUGCAGCGUCGAUGGAUGUGACAAUAUUAAAAAGUACAACUGUUCCAAAACUGGAAUUCCUCUAUGCAGUUUAGAAUGUUACAAAAGAAAUCUCUUAGUUAUUCAAUAAAAUAUAUUUUAGCUAUUCUA